AUGAGAAAAGGUAUAUUAUUUGAUUCUCAUUAUUGCAAAUACCGUAUAUCAACUCCAUUGGAAUUACGAGAACGUCAAAACUCACUUACCGAUUUUAAAAGUUGCGAUGGCGCUUAUCCAGUCACAAGUAUUACAUGCACCUACAAUCCAAAACCUGUUAUCUUUGGCAAUCUUGCUUCUGGUUCGCUGGUGUGGCAAAUGAAUCUGUUGAAAAAGGUGCAAUAA